GGGGCCUCCGGUGUCACCUGGCCGCCGCCAGGCCACCUGUUGCUCUCUGGGUCCCCCAGCUCCCGUCCCGCGUCCCAGGAGCAGGUGCCGGGACUGCGCGGACGCCGCAACUUGUGGCCCUAGCGGAUUCAAGCCGCCAGCCACUGGCGCAGAGGAGGUAUCGAGAGGGCACGCCGGCCGUCACAUGGAGAGCGGCAACGGGACGCCCCUGGCUGGGGCGCUUGGGGCGGCGGCCGAAUCCCCCCAGUGCCGGUUGCCGCCUGCGGGGGAGGGCGCGACGGGGCAGGCUGAGCCCGACCAAGCCGCGGAGGACGCGGCAGGAGGCAGCUGCGGCGGGAGCGGGAGCGGGGGCGGGCCACCGCGGGCUCUGCGGGCAAUAUACGUGCGCAGCGAGAGCUCCCAGGGUGGCGCCGUCGGCGGCCCCGAGGCCGGGGCUCUGCAGUGCCUGCUUAGGGCCUGCGAGUCUGAGGGCGCCCACCUCACCUCCGUGCCCUUCGGGGAGCUAGACUUCGGGGAGACGGCGGUGCUCGACGCCUUCUACGAUGCAGAUGUUGCGGUUGUGGACAUGAGUGACAUCUCCAGACAGCCUUCCCUCUUCUACCAUCUUGGAGUCCGUGAAAGCUUUGACAUGGCCAAUAAUGUGAUCCUGUACCAUGACACGGAUGCUGACACAGCUCUGUCAUUGAAGGAUAUGGUAACUCAAAAAAACACAGCAUCUAGUGGAAAUUAUUAUUUCAUCCCCUACAUUGUGACACCAUGCGCUGAUUAUUUUUGCUGUGAGAGUGAUGCCCAGAGGCGAGCCUCGGAGUACAUGCAGCCCAACUGGGAUACCAUCCUGGGCCCGCUGUGUAUGCCCCUGGUGGACAGGUUCAUUAGCCUCCUCAAGGACAUCCAUGUGACCUCAUGUGCUUAUUACAAAGAAACCUUGUUGAAUGACAUCCGAAAAGCCAGAGAGAAAUACCAGGGCGAUGAGCUGGCAAAGGAGCUGGCUCGGAUCAAACUCCGCAUGGAUAAUAUUGAGGUUCUGACAUCAGACAUCAUCAUUAAUUUACUCCUGUCCUACCGAGAUAUCCAGGACUAUGAUGCGAUGGUCAAGCUGGUAGAAACUCUGGAGAUGCUGCCUACGUGUGAUUUGGCUGAUCAGCAUAAUAUUAAAUUCCACUAUGCAUUUGCAAUGAAUCGGAGAAAUAGUGCAGGUGACCGUGAGAAGGCUCUUCAGGUCAUGCUCCAGGUUCUGCAGAGCUGUGACCACCCAGCUCCUGACAUGUUCUGCCUGUGCGGGAGGAUCUACAAGGAUAUCUUCUUGGAUUCAGACUGUGAAGACGAUGCCAGCCGAGACAGUGCCAUUGAGUGGUAUCGCAAGGGAUUUGAACUGCAGUCAUCUCUUUAUUCGGGAAUUAACCUUGCAGUUUUGCUGAUCGUUGCUGGACAACAAUUUGAAACUUCCAUGGAACUAAGGAAAAUAGGUGUUCGACUGAACAGUUUGUUGGGAAGAAAAGGGAGCUUGGAGAAAAUGAACAACUAUUGGGAUGUUGGCCAGUUCUUCACUGUCAGCAUGUUGGCCAGUGAUGUUGGGAAGGCUGUGCAGGCAGCAGAGAGGCUGUUCAAGCUGAAACCUCCAGUCUGGUACUUGCGAUCAUUAGUUCAGAACUUGUUAUUAAUUAGACGCUUCAAGAAACCCAUUAUUGAACAUUCCCCUAGGCAAGAGCGGCUUACCUUUUGGUUAGAUCUAAUUUUUGAAGCAACAAAUGAAGUUACUAAUGGACUCAGAUUUCCAGUUCUGGUGAUAGAACCAACCAAAGUCUACCAGCCUUCUUAUGUUUCUAUCAACAAUGAAGCUGAGGAGAGAACAGUUUCUUUAUGGCACGUAUCACCCACAGAAAUGAAACAAAUCCACGAAUGGAAUUUUGCAGCCUCUUCUAUUAAAGGAAUAAGCCUAUCCAAGUUUGAUGAACGGUGUUGUUUUCUUUAUGUCCAUGAUAACUCUGAUGACUUUCAAAUCUACUUUUCCACUGAAGACCAGUGUAGUAGGUUUUGCUUUUUGGUGAAAGAGAUGCUGACCAAUACAUCAGGCAGUACAGUGGAGCUGGAAGGAGAGGCUGAUGGAGACACCUUAGAGUAUGAGUAUGACUAUGAUGCCAGUGGGGAGAGAGUUGUCUUAGGGAAAGGAACCUAUGGGAUUGUGUAUGCUGGCCGAGACCUGAGCAAUCAAGUGCGAAUAGCCAUCAAAGAAAUCCCGGAGAGAGAUAGCAGGUACUCUCAGCCUCUGCAUGAGGAAAUCGCCCUGCAUAAAUACCUCAAGCACCGCAAUAUUGUCCAGUACCUGGGCUCUGUUUCAGAGGAUGGAUACAUCAAGAUAUUUAUGGAGCAGGUGCCUGGAGGAAGCCUCUCUGCUCUUUUGCGAUCCAAAUGGGGACCAAUGAAGGAGCCCACUAUCAAGUUUUACACCAAACAGAUCCUGGAAGGCCUCAAGUAUCUCCAUGAAAACCAGAUAGUACAUAGGGACAUAAAGGGUGACAAUGUUCUGGUAAACACCUACAGUGGAGUGGUGAAAAUCUCUGAUUUUGGAACCUCUAAACGUCUCGCAGGAGUGAACCCUUGCACAGAAACCUUUACUGGUACUCUGCAGUAUAUGGCACCUGAGAUUAUUGAUCAAGGACCUCGUGGGUAUGGCGCCCCAGCUGAUAUCUGGUCCCUGGGCUGCACCAUCAUUGAGAUGGCCACCAGCAAGCCUCCAUUCCAUGAGCUCGGUGAACCACAGGCAGCAAUGUUCAAAGUGGGGAUGUUUAAGAUCCACCCUGAGAUUCCAGAAACCCUUUCGACUGAAGCCAGAACCUUCAUCUUAUUCUGUUUUGAGCCUGACCCUCAAAAACGGGCCACUGCCACUGACCUGCUCAGAGAGGGUUUCCUAAGGCAGGUGAACAAAGGCAAGAAGAACCGAAUUGCUUUCAAGCCCUCAGAGGGUGCCCGCAGUGUCACCAGUGCCCUGGCCCUGCCUUCGUCAGGGGAACCUCUGGGCAGCAGCAGCAGCGAGCAUGGUUCCAUCUCUCCAGACUCUGAUGCCCAGCCUGACACAUUCUUUGAGAAGGUACAGGCGCCCAAGCACCAGCUCAGUCACCUUCUCAGUGUUCCAGACGAGAGCUUAGCCUCAGAAGAGCGGAGCAUACCUUCGUCCCCAGAAGACAGGGACCAGGGCCUCUUCCUGCUACGCAAGGACAGUGAGCGCCGUGCCAUCCUGUACAAAAUCCUUUGGGAAGAGCAGAACCAGGUGGUUUCUAACUUACAGGAGUGUGUGGCCCAGAGCUCAGAGGAGUUGCAUCUCUCAGUUGGUCACAUCAAGCAAAUAAUUGGGAUCCUGAGGGACUUCAUCCGCUCCCCAGAGCACAGGGUGAUGGCAUCCACAAUAUCAAAGCUGAAGGUGGACCUGGAUUUUGACAGCUCAUCCAUCAAUCAGAUUCACCUGGUACUGUUUGGAUUCCAGGAUGCUGUAAAUAAAAUUUUGAGGAACCACUUAAUUAGGCCCCACUGGAUGUUUGCAAUGGAUAACAUCAUCCGCAGAGCAGUGCAGGCCGCAGUCACCAUUCUCAUCCCAGAGCUCCGGGCUCACUUUGAACCUACCUCUGAGACUGAAGGGGUAGAUAAGGACACGGAUGAAGUGGAAGACGACUAUCCCCUAGCAGACCUGCCUGGCAGCGAAGCACGUGUGGCAUCAGGAGGGAGAAGACCUGGUGUAGCGAUUGCCCAGGAGGCCCAGCCCCACCAGCAGCACCUGAGCCUCCAGCUGAGCAAGCUCAGGCAGGAGAGCAACAGACUUUUGGAACACCUAGUUGAAAAAGAGAGAGAGUACCAGAAUCUUCUACGGCUAACGCUAGAACAGAAAACUCAAGAAUUAUAUCACCUUCAAUUACAAUUCAAUUAUAAUGGUAUGACAAAGAACCUAGCACCCCCUCCUAGGCAGGGAACAGAUAAAGAGCUUAUAGACUGGCUACAACUGCAAGGAACAGAUGCAAAUACAAUUGAAAAGAUUGUUGAAGAGAAUUAUACACUUUCUGAUAUUCUUAAUGAUAUCACUAAGGAAGACUUAAGAUGCCUUAGACUACGUGGUGGUGUCCUCUGUCGGCUGUGGCACGCGGUCUCCCAGUACAGAAGGCAGGCUCAGGAGUCCUCAGUGACCGAGGACUAGACUUAAUCACACUCAGCUAAGCUGGAGGACAGAGCGAGCACAUACCCUCCUGCUUGUGAUUAAAGCUGCUUCUGUUCAUGUACAAAGAAAUUCUGCUCAGUUUACACAAGAAAAAGAUCUGUGUUCAAUUAAUCCAAGAAUCUGGUAAAGUUUGUCCUUUUCUUUUUUUUUAAAACCUAUUAUUUAUAAAUGUUUUAAAGAUUAUAGAACUGUAUGUAAUGUGAAUAGUGAGCUUUAGUUUUGAUAAACUAGAGUAUUAGGAAAAUCUCAGAAAAAAAAUCAGCAUACCCUGAUAUUUUAAAUACAGUGGUUGUUUAAAAUGAUAUAGGCUGGAAAUUGCUGUUGUAGGGUAUGCAUUGUUAACUAGUAUAGAACCUAAAUUUGAUAAGAUUGUAGCCAUUGAUGUGUAAAUGGAGAAAACUAGUUGUUUGCCUUUUACCUGUUGCCUGGUUAUAAUAAAAAAUGACGAAAUGAUGGUCAGUGUGAACAGGCUUUAGCCGAACCGUACCAGAAUGUGUCUUCUCAGGGCACAGCCAGAACAGGUACACAAGAAGUGUUCUUCUAGUAACCAAACAAUUAUUUGGGAAGGCUAAACUCUAUAUUAGAUUUACAAAGGUCUAAAAUAGGUAAUACAAUAUAAUAAUCGCACAAAAUACUUAGGCACGCAACAUCUUCUAAUGCAACAAUGUACAAACUGCAUGCGCUUACUCUCCCUCAGUUUAAUUUACAUGCUAUUUAUUUUCUAAGACUUCUGUUUUUCUGGAUAUCAUUUCCUCAAAGUUGACAACACUGUUCCUUAUAGUUGCUGAUGAACAGCCCAUCAUUACACACAUCUCCCAUUAACUGACUGAUUUAAACUUGAUCCACUGGUUGGCACCACGCACUUCAAAGGGUGGAUCACUGCUGUAGAUGUGGUAGCCUAAUUCUUCCAAAGGUGGUUCGGGAUCAGCUGUGGCAAACUGGGCAGCAUCUUCAAUUUCUUUCCUUACUUCAACAUCAAU